GUGGUGAGAGCGAGCGAGAGAGUCAGCAGAGCCUGUGCUGCGGAGGGAGGAGGAGGAGCAGCGGAGAAGAGAGGCACCGCUUCCUCCCCCUCUUCCUCUCUUCUCUCCCGGUCUCUGUGUCUCUGCAAUAAAUCCGGCUUAAAGGACGAGAGCAGAGGAGCCCAGGGUGGAUUAAAGGAAAGUCCGCCUAAUACAGGGGGGGAAGAAAGAGCGGCAGAGGAAGAAGAGACAAAGCCAGGAGAAGGAAGAGAGGACGGGAGGAUGAGUUGACGGCCGCCUUCCAAACUCCGGGAGGAGAGAAGAGAGGGCCGAGGAACAGGUGCCACAAAGGGCAUCUUUUCGGGGAUUAUCACUCUCGGCAUCCUUCGGACACUCAUCCUCCAUCGGAAACCGGUUUCGGCACCUUUUGGGGAUUGGAUUCGGCAUCCUUUGGGUGCCGUUGAAGACCGAUCUCGGGUACCACUUCUCGGCAUUCCCAGUCUCAGCAUCCCCGGAGGACUGGUCUCGGCAUCCUUGGGGUGCCACUCUCAGGGACAGACAGAGAACGGGCGUCUGCAUCUUUCAGAUACGAAGCUCAGCAUCCUUUGGGUACCACUCACAGCGUUUGGGGACUAAGCUCAGCAGCCUUCCGAUACCAGUCUCGGCGUGAUUCGGGAUUUGCUUCGGCAUUGCUCUGAUACUAUCGGGACUUGCUUCGGCACCAUUCCGAUACUAGUCUCAGCGUGAUUUGGGACUUGAUUUGGCAUCGUUCCGAUAACAAUCUCGGCGUGAUUCGGGAUUUGCUUCGGCAUCGUUCCGAUACCAGUCUCGGCGUGAUUCGGGAUUUGCUUCGGCAUUGCUCUGAUACUAUCGGGACUUGCUUCGGCACCAUUCCGAUACUAGUCUCAGCGUGAUUUGGGACUUGAUUUGGCAUCGUUCCGAUAACAAUCUCGGCGUGAUUCGGGACUUGCUUCGGCAUCGUUCCGAUACCAGUCUCGCUGUGAUUCGGGACUUGCUUCGGCAUCGUUCUGAUACCAGUCUCGCCGUGAUUCGGGACUUGCUUUGGCAUUGAUCUGAUACCAGUCUCGCCGUGAUUCGGGACUUGCUUCGGCAUCGUUCCGAUACUAAUCUCGGCGUGAUUCGGGACUUGCUUCAACAUCGUUUCGAUACCAGUCUCGCCGUGAUUCGGGACUUGCUUCGGCAUCGUUCUGAUACCAGUCUCGCCGUGAUUCGGGACUUGCUUUGGCAUUGAUCUGAUACUAAUCUCGGCGUGAUUCGGGAUUUGCUUCGGCAUCGUUCCGAUACCAGUCUCGCUGUGAUUCGGGACUUGCUUCGGCAUCGUUCUGAUACCAGUCUCGCCGUGAUUCGGGACUUGCUUCGGCAUCGUUCCGAUAUUAAUCUCGGCGCGAUUUGGGACUUGCUUCGGCAUCGUUUCGAUACCAGUCUCGGCGUGUUUUGGGACUUGCUUCGGCAUCGUUCCGAUAUUAAUCUCGGCGCGAUUUGGGACUUGCUUCGGCAUCGUUUCGAUACCAGUCUCGGCGUGAUUCGGGAUUUGCUUCGGCUUCGUUCCGAUACCAGUCUCGGUGUAAUUCAGGACUUGUUUCGUCAUUGUUCCGAUACCAGUCUUGACGUGAUUCAGGACUUGCUUCGGCAUCGUUCCGAUACCAAUCUCGGCAUCCUUUGUGGACUGAUCUCAGCAUCCUUUGCUUAUCUGUUUCAGGAGCCUCUGGGUACUACUCAGCAUCAUUUGGGAACUUGCUUCGGCAUUGUUCCGAUACCAGACUCUACAUCUUUUAUGGACUGAUCUCAGCAUCCUUUGGUUACCCAUUUCCGGAGCCUCUGGGUACCACUCAGCAUCAUUUGGGAAUUUGCUUCGGCAUUGUUCCGAUACCAGUCUCUGCAUCUUUUGUGGACUGAUUUCAACAUCCUUUGGUUACCCUUUUCAGGAUCCCCUGGGUACCACUCGGCAUCAUUUGGGAACUUGCUUCGGCAUCUUUCCGAUAACCGUUUCGGCAUCCUUUGUGGACUGAGCUCAGCAUCCUGUGGAUACCAGUCUCAGUGUCGUUUGGGAACUUGCUUCGGCAUCUUUCCGAUACCCGUCUCGGCAUCUUUUGUGGACUGAUCUCAGCAUCCUUUGGUUAUCUUUUUCAGGGUGCCACUUCGGCAUCAUUUUGGAAGUUGCUUUGACAUCCUUCCAAUACCCAUCUCGGCAUCUUUUGUGGACUGAUCUCAAUCAGCAUCCUUUGGUUAACUCCCUUGAGGACCGUUGUCAGCCUGACUGAGUCGUCCCUGGCUUGAAUCGUUUCUCACCCAGGAAUCCAUCCUUUCUCCCCGUUCUCCCCGUUCUCCCCGUUCUCCCCACAUCCCUUUGGCCCCUUUUUCUCCCGACUCUCCUCCUCUUCCUCUUCCCGGCGAUGCUCGUUGCUUUGGCUGCUGGAUGCCUCCGAUGCUCCGUCUCCUCCGCCUCCUCCUCCUCUUCUUCCUCAACCCUCUCGGCUCCGUCUCUGAACAUGUCUCUGCUCUUGUUGUCGAUGCCCGAUGCCUAAAAGUAGCCGCCUUUUUGGGAACCAGAUGGAGUUUCUCUUCCCGGGGCCAAGACACCAACGAUGAAACGCCUCCUGCCGCUCUGCUUCCUAGUCAGCAAACUUUUCCAUGCCGUGCUGGGUUACCUGACGGUCAGCAUCGAGCCGCUCCCGCCGGUGGUGGUCGGGGACGCCGUGACCCUGAAAUGUAACUUCAAGACGGAUGGAAGAAUGCGGGAAAUCGUCUGGUACAGGGUAACCGAUGGUGGGACCAUCAAGCAGAAGAUCUUCACCUUCGACGCCAUGUUCUCCACCAACCAAUCGCACAUGGAAAAUUACCGGAAACGGGAAGACCUGGUCUACCAGUCCACCGUACGGCUUCCGGAGGUCCGGAUCUCGGACAACGGCCCCUAUGAGUGCCAUGUCGGGAUUUACGACCGCGCGACCCGGGAGAAGGUGGUGCUGGCAUCCGGGAACAUCUUCCUCAACGUGAUGUCUCCUCCAACUUCUAUCUCCGUAAUCGCUGCCGACACACCGGCCCCAUUCAGCCGCUACCAGGCCCAGAACUUCACUCUGGUCUGCAUUGUCUCUGGUGGGAAGCCAGCCCCCAUGGUGUAUUUCAAGCGGGACGGGGAAUUGAUAGAGGUGGUCCCGCUCAUGGAGCCCCCGCUCAACGCCGCCGGCUUGCAAGAGGGCCGCUCCUCCCGCAACCUCUUCCGCGAGGCGGACGACACCAAGAUGCACCGCUCGCUCUCCCUGCUGAACGGGGAAGAGCGGGGCGGGAGGCCCUCCACCGAGCAGCCCUCCAAGGGCCUCACCCCGGAGCAGGGACUCUUGUUCAGCCCGGCCACCGAGGUCAUGCCAGAGACUGUGGUGAGCCGGGAGUUCCCCCGCUGGAUCCAGAACAUGGAGCCCGUCUACUACUUCCACCACACCCACAUCCCCAUCAGCGACGGCACCGUGGAAGUGCGGGCCAUCCUCAUGUGGACGCUGAACCCCCAGAUAGACAAUGAGGCCCUCUUCAGUUGCGAGGUCAAGCACCCGGCUCUCUCCAUGUCCAUGCAGUCGGAAGUCACGCUCGUGGCUCCCAAAGGCCCUAAGAUUACCAUGACCCCGACAAGAGCCCGAGUCGGGGACACAGUUCGGAUCCUGGUGCAAGGAUUUCAGAAUGAAGUCUUCCCUGAGCCCAUGUUCACCUGGACCCGCGUUGGGAGCAGGCUCCUGGACGGCAGCACCGAACACGACGGCAAGGAGCUGGUCCUGGAGCGCGUGCCGGCGGAGCUCAACGGCUCCAUGUACCGCUGCACUGCCCAGAAUCCCCUGGGCUCCACCGACACCCACACCCGGCUGAUCGUCUUUGAAAAUCCAAAUAUCCCAAGAGGAGCAGAAGACUCAAACGGUUCAACCAGCGCCAAUCCCAACCAUUUCCGGAUUCUUCUGGCCUUCAUCUUGACAGUCACGCUGGAGAUGACGUGAGAACCGUCUUUCCGGAGACUUCCGCUUUCCUCCCAAUGGCUUCCUCCAAGCCCGGCUUCCACUUCUCCGUCGAGCUUUUCUUUUCGUCUUUUCUUCUUCUACUACUUCUUUCUUUCUUUCUUUCUUUCUUUUUUAAAACAAACAAACAAACAAAACCACUGACGCUUCUCGCUCUCGGUCUCUUUCUGUCCGUGUCUCGGCUUUGUUCUCCGAUUUAAUUAAAAACAAACCAACAAACAACGCGACAACGCCAA